AUGGCGGAUACAAGAUCCCUGGAAGAUCGUUUUGAACGAAUCACUGUUACUGACGAGAAUGAUGGCGGCUAUAUUACUCAGACGACCACGUACCACCAUAAGUCGAAGGGCUCUCUCUCACACGCAAUGAACCUCACUGGAUUGGGCCAACCAACGAACCCGAACCGUAUGAAGUUACCUCUACAACGCCCGCCCACCCAGAGUCAACCCAAAUCUGUCACGACAACAAUUACGAAAGUCACCACCGUACCGACGCAUCCACCGAGCAAUCCAUACCAUGACUCGUUCGCCAGCUCAGGUGUCUCGCUGUCAUCACGCUCCUCGGAUGAGAUGACCGUUGCACAAGUCGCCAGACAAUCCAUGUACAACCCCUUCCCUCCAAACAAGAAAUGGCACCUCAGCAUGUUCGAGAUUGGCAAGCCACUCGGCAAAGGCAAAUUCGGAAGAGUCUAUCUCGCGAAGGAAAAGGCUACGGGCUUCGUCUGUGCUCUUAAGGUCCUGCACAAAUCAGAAAUUUCGCAAGGCAAAGUCGAAAAGCAAGUGCGCCGCGAAGUCGAGAUUCAAUCUAAUCUCUGCCACCCCAAUGUUCUCAAGAUGUUUGGCCACUUUCACGACUCCAAGCGCAUAUUUCUCAUAAUCGAAUUCGCCGCCAGAGGCGAGCUCUAUAAGCACCUCCGCGCCGAGCAGCGCUUCGCUGAACCCAAGGCCGCAAAUUACAUCGCACAGAUGGCUUCCGCACUCAAAUAUUUGCACCACAAACACAUCAUGCACCGCGAUAUCAAGCCCGAGAACAUCCUGGUCGGUAUCCAUGGCGAGAUCAAGAUUUCAGACUUCGGGUGGUCCGUCCACGCGCCCAACAACCGCCGCAAUACCAUGUGUGGCACACUCGACUAUCUGCCUCCAGAGAUGAUCAAGGGCACCGACGGCUACUCCGAGAAAGUCGAUCUCUGGUCGCUAGGUGUACUUACCUACGAAUUCCUUGUCGGCGAAGCGCCCUUUGAAGACGCGCCUAUGAUGACGCACAAACGCAUCCAGCGCUGCGACAUGACAAUUCCGUCCUUCAUAUCCUCAGAUGCGCGGGAUCUGAUCAGAAAACUGCUACAGGUAGAUCCUGAGAAGCGGAUUACCUUGGAUGAGAUAGAACGGCAUCCGUGGAUCGUGAAGCAUGUAACCACCAGCGCGAGAGCGUAUGAUCGUGGGAGCAACAGCAGUCGUGGCAGUGCGAGUAGUGGGAGUGAGUCGUGA